CAGUGCUCGUAGUGAAAAGAGUUAUACAGGAGCAGCAACAACAGCAGAAGUAGUAGUAACUCUUGUUCUAGAUGUAUUAGUUGCAGUUGUAAAAGAAGUGAUUUCGACGGUUGAGAUAGAUAAACACUUUUGGAUGUGGAAGAGGUGUUAUAAUAGUAGCUGUUGAAGUAGUAGUAUCAGUGGUUGUAGUAUUCAAAGUUUCUUUUACAAAUAUCAUUGUCUGUUUUCACUUGAAGUCAAAUACACUUGGGACACUAUAAGAAAUGUCAGGAGACGUAAAACUUGACUCGCAUCACUCAACACGCCCACCUCCUAUUGCGCUUGGUAUUAACGUUGAAAAGGCAAAAUUUCCCCAGUAUGCUGUCUAUUCUAAACGUCUUGAAUCAUUUGAAGCUUGGCAAGAAUACAUCCCAGUUGACAAGAUUGACCUCGUUGAUGCAGGACUGGUAUACACUGGUGUCGGUGACAGCGUGAGAUGUUACUUCUGUGGAGGUGGAUUGAGAAAUUGGGAGCGUGGCGAUGUUCCUAUGGAAGAACAUGCAAAAUGGUACCCUAAAUGUCCCCACAUUCUACUGGUCAAAGGGCAAGCUUACGUAGAAAAACUCAGCCGUGGCGAAAAACCGGACGUAGACGUACACUUUGACACAUCUGCGAAACCAAAUUUAAUAGACAGUAUAGCUGCACAAAGUUGUAUAGAGAUAGGCUACACAGAUCAUAUGGUCCAAAAAUCAAUCGACAUAUACACCAACAAAUAUGGAAAAAACGACUUCAAAGGCAAAGAUUUAUGUGAAAUACUUUUCGAAUUAGAAGAAAACCCAAAAGCUACUGAUGAUACUGACAAAGAAGAUCAAAGCCAAAUUGCACAGGUUGAUAGCGAUACAUUGAACGAAGAUAUAGAACCACUUGAAACAUUGCUUGAAGAAAAUCAAAGACUGAAGGAGGACAAGAUGUGUAAAAUAUGUCUUGACAGCACAGCAGAUAUAAUAUUUCUGCCAUGUGGUCACAUGGUCAGCUGCCCACAGUGUGCUCCCGCCUUAACAAAGUGCCCAGUAUGCAGAAAAACAGUGAAUGGACAUAUUAAAGCCGUCUUUGCUAAGACAAGUAUCAGCUGACAGGAAAUGCACUAAAAUAUAUAUUGUUUUUUUAAUAAACUACAAAGUCUUUCAUUAAAUCAAUAUGUUUAUAAUUGCCAUACAACACUGAUUUUUGUAAAGAUCUGAGUAAUACAAAUAAAGCAAAUAUAGAAA